AUGUUUUUAUUUCCGUUCACAAUUGCUAUAUCUGCGAUAGUUGCAUUCCACAGGGCGCACGCCAGCCCCGUCACCAGCCACAAGUAUGUACGCCAAAGAGACACCCCGACGGACUAUGCGUCACAGAAAUUCAAUGGAACGCUUCCUCUCGGCUACGAAGUCGAUACCGAUUUGGAAAACAGUGAUCGCUGUGACAUUGACUUUUGCGCGGGAACCAUCGACUCGGGCAACACAGCCUACGUGUGUGGCGAUGCCCGUCUAGGUCCCGUCAUCCUCCCGUCAUGUCUACCCUUGUCAACCCUCGUGGGUGGCAGCACUACGUACGGUCGCUUCGGCGGUCUUUGUCCCGGAGAAUUCAUCUCAAUGUGGACAAACUACGCAUCCGCUGGCGAAGUUAGCUGGUUCAUGUACCCCUUCUCGGAUGGCUUCGCGAACAACACUGCUGGAAGCCCUAUACGUGGACACAUGACGUUGAAGCCAGGCACGCAAGUCGAUCGCUUUGGUAGUGCGCGGGGCAAUUUCGUGGCGAGUGCAGGGAGUCCAUAUAGUCAGAGAGCGCUCCCGCCAGCGAAUUUGGACUUUGACAUGAACGACCCCUCGCAGGUGCCGUACAACUACCAUGUUUAUGAGGUUGAAAAGGCCGUAGUAGUGAUCGGAGGGCCUGUUGCGCCUUGGUUCGGACAGCCUGGGCUGGGCAUGCAAUUCCUGCUUCCAAAGAGUAUUGAGGCGCUUAUAAAAGAUGGCGUAUUGUCCGAGAUUGCCGUGACACAGCAGUGUAGUGCUAAAGCCGGCUGA